CCUCAGAUCCUCUUACCACUCUCUUCAACUCUGUAUAUGGACUCUCUCUCUCUCUCUCGCCUUCCUGGUCAGCCUUGCACACACACGAAACAAAGCGUAACACGCCACAUUUCAACACCCAUUUAUUAGUACCUACUUCCUCCUCCUUCAACCCAACAACAAUAAAACAGAGCAACACAACAAUGGCGAAAUUCACAUUCACAGCAGACCAUAACUUGUUCUGUCUUUCACACCAAACCCCAUCAUCGUCAUCAUCAUCUCACACCUCUAUCUUUAACCCUUCUUCUCUCAAACGCCAUCACUUGCGUGUUGUGUUCCCCUCAAAACCCAUCUCCAAAUUCGCAGUUUCUUGCAGUAUCAAAGAGAAGGAAAAUGUUAAAGACAGCAAGGAAGAAUCCACUGGACUAGUACUGAAGAAGGGGCUUCAAGUCGAUGAUGAAUUGGAAUUGGAAUUGGAGCAGACUUCUGUGGGUCGAUUGGGGGAUGAAAGUAGCUCUCACAAAUUGGGUUUUGAUUGGACUUGGCCGCCAUGGAAGAACGUUCCUCUAAGAUAUAAAAUCAUUGGCACAACCUCGCUGGCCUUCGUUAUUUGUAACAUGGAUAAGGUGAACUUGAGUAUUGCAAUAAUUCCAAUGUCACACCAGUUUGGAUGGAGUUCAUCUGUUGCUGGAUUGGUGCAAUCGUCUUUCUUUUGGGGUUACGCAUUAAGUCAGUUGCCUGGGGGAUGGCUUGCAAAGACAUUUGGUGGGAGAAAAGUUCUUGAGAUUGGAGUCUUGAUCUGGUCACUAGCUACAGCACUUGUUCCUGUUCUUGCUGGAUUUAUGCCUGGACUAGUUUUGUCAAGGAUAUUGGUUGGAAUAGGAGAAGGUGUUUCCCCAUCAGCUGCAACCGAUCUGAUUGCCAGGACAAUACCAUUGGAAGAGCGCUCACGAGCAGUAUCAUUUGUCUUUGGUGGUUUAAGUGUUGGAAGUGUCGCAGGGUUUCUUUUGGCUCCUCCCCUGAUCCAAAAUUUUGGUUGGGGAUCUGUAUUCUACCUAUUUGGCCUUUUGGGGAUAGCCUGGUUUUCGGGAUUUCAGUUUCUUGAAGAAGGAAAACCUUCAGCAACCAUGUCAUGGCCCCAGUCCGUCUCUGGGAAGAAAUCAUGGAAUAAUUCUUUGCAAGAGUUGGGUGGCUCAAUCAAGGAUGUGCCAUGGAAGGCUUUUUUCAGAAGUGAAGCUGUAUGGGCAAUGAUAUAUGUUCAUUUUUGUGGUAGUUGGGGUCACUACACUUGUCUGUCUUGGCUGCCUACUUAUUUCAGUGAGGAGCUGAACCUUAAUUUGACGGAAGCUGCUUGGGUUUCUGUGCUACCUCCAUUGGCUUCUAUUUUUGUUACGAGCAUUGCAGCACAAUUUGCCGACAAUUUAAUUGUCAAUGGAGUUGAAACCACUACGGUGCGGAAAAUUUGCCAAACAAUUGCCUUUUUGUCUCCCGCAACUUGCAUGAUUCUCUCCUCUUUGAAUUUAGGAUUGCCACCUUGGGAAGUUGUGGCGAUCCUUACCGGUGGUUUAGCACUCUCGAGCUUUGCCUUGUCAGGAUUGUAUUGUACCCAUCAAGAUAUAUCACCUGAAUAUGCAAGCAUACUCUUGGGUAUUACCAAUACAGUGGGGGCUGUACCAGGAAUUGUAGGUGUUGCUCUCACCGGUUAUCUUCUUGAUUCAACUCAUUCAUGGAGUGUAUCACUAUUUGCACCGUCGAUCUUCUUCUACCUUACAGGUACAAUUGUAUGGUUGGCUUUUGCAAGCAGCAAGCCUCAAAGCUUUUCGGAGAGCGAUUGAUGUCACUGCCGCCGAGCUCUUGAUUAAUUAUCCUCAGUUAAGCAUCAAAUCAAAGGAAAUUUCAUCUACUACAUUUUUACUAACUUGAUCUUUUACAGCAGGUUGAGUAGGAGUUUGACCACAUUCACUGACCACUUUUUUUUUUGUGGAUGUAUCAUAUCAUUGUUUCACAACUCAAUGUAAUUUGAUGGAUAGUGUAUAAAUGUGUUGUAUACUUUUGAUGAUAUAAUUUCUGGGUAAUAAUUAAUGUUGUAUAUGGUUGGUCACCAAAACCAUCAAAACCAUAUAGUUUUUCAUAUGAAAAAGCUUUUUUAGGGUC